CCUCUUGAUCGAUUUGAUCGGAGAAGGCCGGAGAAAAGCUCGAAGGUCCGUCAAUGGGGAGCUAUGUGGAGAAAGCUCGUGAGAAUCACGUCAAGAAGAAGGUCGAAGAAGCGCUGCGUAGCAAGAUGAAGGCAAAGGCAUUGAUGGAAUGUGAUCAGUUCGUCUCAAAGUAUGCUCAGUGCGCAACAGGAAGAACGUUUUCUGUGGUAUGGACAUGUCGUAAGCAAGCUAAAGAGCUCAACACUUGCCUCCAUCAAUUGUAUGUUCUCACAUCUUAAUGCUCC